AUGAAGGAACUUGACCCGGACGAGUCAAACCUUCUUUUCGAUAACCAGUUGUCUAUCCGGGAUGUUAUAGAACAGUCAGUUUGGGAAUUUAUGCGUACAUUAAAUGUGAUUUACAAUUUUCAGAGGCCCAUUUUCAAACGUGUAUCGCAUAGUUCAUGGAGCAUCGAAUCGAAGGUUCAUUUUGAGGUCGAUCAGCUUGAAUCUGUUCAAGAAGCACACCGGAUUAGGACCAGAAGGUGAGUUGGGAUGGAUCCCUCGCAUGUUGAUGGGAAAUAGGUGACGAGAAAAUGUCCGCAAAGUUCUCCUAGAGCCCAUGUGAUGCCAAUUCAUCAAUCAAUCUCCCAAUUCUCAUGUGUCAACCUGAAACCUGGACUUUGACCAUCCGAUAUAUCGAUUCGAUCAUUCCAGAAAUUGACGAGGAAAUCAGAAUAUGUCAAAACCUGCAACACCCGUACAUUUGUCGACUGGAAAAGACCAUCAAUAGCAUGAACUAUCGGCAUAUGAUCUUUGAGAACCUGGAAGGAAAUGACAUUUGCUUUGAGAUUGUUCAAAGAGCAAGCAACGGCUUUGUGUUUUCCGAGUAUGUAGUCAGGUUUGUAUUGAAAACUUGUGAAAACGUCGCAACAAUCGAAUUUUCCAUUUCAGUCAUUAUACAAAACAACUUCUAGACGCUCUAGAGUAUUGUCAUAGUAAAAAGAUUGUUCAUAGAGAUGUUCGACCCCAUAAUUUGGUAUUAGCCACGUAAGUUUUAUAGAUUUUGAGUAAAAUAGAGAUAAACAUAUUUUUAAGAAAGGAUACAUCGGCCCCAAUGAAACUUUGCGGAUUCAGUGUAGCCAAAGAUCUGUCAGAGUGUGGAGGAUCCGUUGCUUCUGGUAACUCUCAACAUUCAGAUCCAGUUACCAUUAAAUAUAUAUACUUUUUUGAACUUUAGGUCGUGUCGGAGUACCUCAAUUCAUGGCUCCGGAGAUUGUGAAAAAGGAUCGAGUGUCGUGCUCGUCGGAUAUCUGGUCUUCCGGUGUCGUCCUCUUCUUGCUCUUGGCCGGCCGAUUACCUUUCAGCGGCACCACUUCCGACAUCUACACGAGGAUCAUGGAGGGCGACGUUGACGUCAGCAUAUUAUCGUAUUUCUUUUCUCAUUCUUUUCCGUUUCAGGUUGACAGCUACAUGCCAAAUAUCUCCGAGAGUGCACGAAAUCUCGUCCGCCGAAUGUUGUCCGCCGACCCCGCGAAGAGAAUCAGUGCCAAAGAGGUGAGGUGUCGUUUUCAUCACUUGAUAUCCGUUGUAAAUGACUGACACUCCCUGCUUUGUUUGUUAGUUCAAGAGUGGGAGAAACUAAUCAGUUUGUGGGAUCUGUGACGUGAGACAUCGGUCCCUGCCGCAGAAACUCAUCCGUUUAACUCAACUUGAUUGGGUUCGCAAAUCGAAAUGAUUGUUUUCGAAAAACAAGAGAGAUGGACACACCGCCGCUAAAAGGAACGACUAAUGAAUGCAAAGUCGGCUUUUGUUGAGCGCAGCGCCUACUUGCACAAGAAAUUGUAUUUCGUUCGGCUCCUAAUCCGAAACGAUAAACCAAAGAAGGGUUUCAUGCUGUUUUUGCCUCACUCACUGAAGUCAACAAAUUGAGAAGAGAACUUUUCUUUGCAGGCACUCAACCAUGAAUGGAUCAGAGAUAAGGAGCACAUGGCGAGCCGGAAGCACAUGAACGAAGUCAUCGAGCACAUGAGGAGAUAUAACGAGUCCAGAAAGUUGAAGGUACGACUGAAGAACGGGAACAGGUUAACCCGAAGUAUCAAGGUGUCACCCCGUCUGUACACUUCUCUCAUGUUACGUGAAGAUCCGCUCAGAAAUUGUCGCUUUCUUUGAAUCUCUAUGCGAAUUUUGCGGUUUCCGUCGUGCGUGAGACAGGAACUUGAUCAGCUGAUGCCUUGCGACAGAAAGUGCCAACACCUUUUCAAAAUUUCCAGAGCAAUGUGUUGUCGGCCGUCAAUAGUGGCAGGUUUGACGAGACGACUCCCCGGCUCGGCUCAUCUCAAACCGCAUUCGUUGACGGAUCCUCGCCAGGUAAAACCGCAAUAUUCCGCUAUGAAACAUCAUUCCGGCAUCUAUUUCUACGACGAAUAUUCCGCUGAAAUUCGCAAAUUGUCAGGUGGAGACUGCUGUCAGCGCGGCGAAUCGACCACGAACGAGGCGACCGAGCAACCUGCCAACAAAGAUCUGUCAGGAGCCUACAAGGUGAGCAGCAAAUGGUUUUUGUUUAAAAAAAGUAAAGUGGCGGACUAAACUACAAGUAGUCUAGCAAGACGCUCGCUCAAAAAGAUACCCUUAUUGCAUUCGACACUUGUAAAUGUACGUAAAUCUCGACAAACAGUUCACGGGAACCCUCGGGAGGCAAAACUCGACUAUUGUCUGCCAACAUUCUUAUUGAGUGUAGUCUUUGCUCAUCAAUGGUUAGUGACCCCCCUCGAUGCGUCCAAUCAAAUAAAACGAAUUGGCAACACCUCGAUACCCCACAUUAAAUUCUUUUGCGUUGUAAUUUCUGAUCUUCUCUUCUCCUCCCGUCCGCUUUUCGAAAGAGAAGACCAUUGUGUUGUGCAUAAUGAAGAAGGGAAACAAUUAUUCACAUCAUAAGGUCUCAAAAGUCAAAAAACUCGUCCGAUUCAGGAGAAUAAAUGAGCCGAAAGGGAAACUUUUUUCAGGUUCUGGGAUCCUUGGACGCUAUCAACAGUCUUCUUGAUCCGGGCUCGUACAGACCAGGAAACUCCACUUAUCAGCGGAUUCAUGAAGAUGGAAAUGUCCGAUCGCUUCUAAAGGUGAGCGCAUGCGAAUUUUAACUUUCUAAAUCUUUUCAAAAGGGAAAACCUAGUGAUGCUUGAAAUUCUGCGUAGUACCCAUGUUUCCCGUCAUUUGAAGUUGACACUUCUCGCUCUUUUGCCCUCUCUCUCUCUUUCUCUCUCUUCUUUUGCUCCAGAAGUCGGGAGCACCGGGACGGCAAGCGCGGCGAUUUAAUUACGAGAACCGCUCUCCAACGCAACUUGAAUAGCCUUCUAAUGGACAUACUCCGCUUGCCUCAUCCCUAUGAAGGCCCCGCCUGCCUUCUCCACCCCUCCCAUAAUUUCAUUUUCAACGCACACACACACACACACACACAACACUCAACAGAGCAAGAGGCCCGCGGGCAGGAGCCACUGGACCCGCACACACACCACUCAUUUGCUUAUCUCUCUGUGUCAUUACAAGAUCAGUCAACUGUGACCGUUUCGCCAAUUAUUCGUAUUCUCUCUGGAUCCUUCUUUUUUUCUUGUCGCGGAUGCUCGGAUGCACGUUUUUGGCGGUUAGAAAAAGAAUUGAGAGGCGCCGGACAAGACCGUCAAUAUGUCAUCCUCUUACCUAUCGGUGUUAAGCGGACCACUAGAACAGGUGAGUAAUACGGAUAGGAACACGAAGAGAGAGAAAGAAGUGACAAGGUGCUCUUCCUGUUCGUAUGCAUGGGCUACAUACUCUCAUGUGUUGUCAGUGGGUUUGUGCAGCUCCCUUCGUGUUGCUGCUGCUGUUUGGGUGAUGGCGGCGGCGGGAGAGAGGAGGCGAAUCUCUGAAGAAAUAGAAGAGUGACGGCAGCGGCGGCGGCGGCGGCGGCGGGCUUGUCUCAAAAAAGCCCUUCGUCGUGGCGCCUCUCCUCCCAUUUUUCUCUGACCCGUAUCUCUCUUGCGUUUCGGUGCUCGGUCCCUCCCAAUCCCGCCUCGAAAUCAGACGGCGGUAAUAUUCGUCCGUCGCCACUAGUCUUCUUCUUCCUUCUUUUGCUAGAUUCCAUACUCACUACCAUACUCCUUGAUCCCUGUAUGGAUUCGACUCUCUUCCACAAUUCACUUCUGGCCAUUCUCAUCGGUUCCUUUCUGAUUUUCUUUGUGUGCGUCCUAGUGAUUGGUGCUCUCAGCGACCGCGGUCUGUGUUGCCACGACACGUCGUUCGGCUCGCAUGUCGUCGGCCGUCAGCACCACGCCGCCACCAAUGGAACACACAUCGUCGGAAGACAGCACGACGGCGCCACUUCAGACCCCGUUCCAGUCGUCGUCGUCGUGCCUCGAUGUGAAUGUGGCGGAGACAAGUGUGCCGUGCCUGAAAACGACUUUCCGAGCAUCCAGCCCGACGAAUCUAGUAGUGGAUAUUACGGAGAACAGUUCAAUACUGGUACUGACACAUUCCUUGACUCUUAGAGCAGUAGUAGUUCCUAACGGGAAAAGUUUAAAGAAAAUGAGAUCCCAAGAAUCUUUUCGAUCUUUGCCCUAAUCAUUCACUUUUCAGUUGUAUGACAAGAUCAACGCGCUGCCGUGUGAGCCAGUGGUUACGGAGGUCGACACGUCAACUCUACGGAAAGAGGUACAAAAUCACUCACAACUUGUAAACCCCUGUCGUAAACAUUUGCGGUUUGUGGCUUGCCUUCUCACAAAUACGUUAUCAAAAUCGGGAAUCAAAAGUGCUGAAAUGUCCCGACGCCGUUGCCAGCUCCCUUGGGACCAAUCAGUUUCCAGUCUCCUCCCUUUAGCCGCCGCACGUUUUUGGUGAAUGCGCCGAAAUAUGCAAUAAAUUUGACGCAAAACGGCAGAAGAGCAACUUUCGCUCGUCCCGAGCGCUGUCGAAAAGAGAGUUGAUAAAUUGAGCCGAGAAUUGUAUGUCAAAUCUUUCAAACCAAAUUCUCGUUUUUAGUUUCCAAAUUCAUUUGGGAAUUGAAAACGGAGAUGAGAAAUAAAAUGACUGACACGGCGAGCUUUUAUGGAAAUCUCAUGGAAUUCUUGCAGACGGUUUCACAAAUUGACAGUCUUCUCGGGCCGAGCCCAGAAGCGUUGGAACUCCGGCAAUUGCUCAACUCUCCACAUUUAGCAGUAAGUUUUGUUGCUUUCUGGACGGGCAAUGGCAGACACCCCAGUAGUUAUGCAUAACCGACCGCCGUUGAGCGCCAAAGCAAUCGAAACAUUAUGGGGCUAUAAUCCACCGAUUGUCUCCCUUCCCCUCCCCCUCCCUUUUUUUCUGCUCUGUUGUGUUUUGUUCUCUUUUUUCUGUUCUGGCCUUCUUUUUCUGCAAAGGAUUAGUCAGCUUCAAAACGAAGUUCAAGGAUUAUAAUGAAGAAGAAGAAGUUAUUCUCAAGAGUUCACAUCAGAUCAAAAAACGUUUUCCGUACUUUUGUCAAGUCUACGAGGCAAAAGCUUGAUUGACGAAUCAGUUCCCCGCGACGAAAAUACGUGGGGAGGCGAAAAAUUGUGAUUAAUUACACGACAUCUGCUACCUUCUCUUUCUCGAGAUAAGAGAGAAAAAUCAGUGUGCGAUAGGGGGGAAGAUCUGUUUGUAUGUAUGAAUGUGUGUAUGUACGAUGCAACUCUCAAGUCCGCAAAAUGCUCUUUUGUCUGCAUACAAAGACAGGGCUUACAGGCGGAGAAUACCCGCAAAUUGGCACUUGCGCUUCUUCUUCUUCUUCUUCUCCUUUCCUAGUAAUUUCUGGCGUUGGAGAGGUGCUAGGGCUGAGCAGACGAGCCGUGUUUCGCGUCAUUGCCCCAUAAUUCGCCCGCGAGAAUUGUUUUCUAAGGACCCGGUUAAUUUGGAGCCGCAGCGGCAACUUUAGAAGGGUUCUGAAGAGGGAAAUUGGAAAGGAACAUAUGGAGUUUACAUAGUUCAAAACACAUUUCGGCCUUUUCACUCUGCAGGCUCCGAAAUCACAGAAGCAGUUACAUUCCUCUGGUGCUCUUUUGAUUUUUUUGUGGAAAGCGAUAAGUGUCUGUGAAAAACGAAAAACAAACAACUUGAAAAUGAGAAGGAAGCACUUGAGAACUGUUUGACUUUUGCCCCCCCCCCCCUGCAUAAUUUGGCAGAAAAAAGGUUGAACAUUAUACUUGUUAAAAAUAAUUUAUGCUACAUCCAUAUUACAGAGUUGUGUUCGAGCGUUGGACGUUGUUGUUUGCGAGAUCCGUGAUAUUCCGAAGAAUGAGGCUAGCGGCUCAGCCGAGAAGGACCCCAAUGUUUGUUUGGCUCAUUUGUUGUUAUGUUUUUCUCGACUCAAACCAACCCAUUUUUCAGUGCAUCACCAGUGAAACCGCGCCGGCAUAUUUGAACGGAGGCGUGCUGCCGUUGGGCUCCCAACGGGCCGGAACCUCUUUCGAACAUUUCAAUCAUUCGGCUGUCCACGCGUCAUGUCAGUUUUUGAUUAUCCGAUUUGACAGCUUCGAAGACCCGCCUCGAAACUUUCAUCCCAAUCGACAUUUCUUUCAGACGACGAAGAAGAAGACGAAUUGUACGACUGCAUGUCGCGGCUAAGGCUAGUUCAAUUCCAAAAGGACACCCAAGAACCGAUGGGUAUCACUCUGAAAGUCAACGAAGACGGAAGGUGUUUUGUGGCGAGAAUUAUGCACGGCGGCAUGAUUCAUAGACAAGGUAUUACUGCCGCAAAAGUCUGGCAAAUCCCGCUCUACCGCUUUCCACGUGAAUUCAGUGCUAAAUUGGAAAAUUCGCGGACGGCCGCGGCCGAGAUUUCACGUGAUAUUGCGGUAUAGCGACAUUUCCAGAACACGGCGAGUUGAAUAAGAAAAUACACAGUCUGCAACUUUUUUUGACAAAGAACCGUUGAUUUUUAGCAACUCUUCACGUCGGUGAUGAAAUCCGUGAGAUUAACGGAAUGAGCGUAGCGAACAGGAAUGUGGAAGCUCUCCAAGAGAUGCUCCGUGAUGCUCGCGGUCAGGUCACCUUCAAGAUCAUUCCGUCUUACCGAUCGGCCCCGCCUGCCUGCGAAAUUUUUGUCCGUGCACAAUUCGACUAUGAACCAAUUCAAGACGAUUUGAUACCGUGCCCACAAGCUGGAAUUCCAUUCAAAACUGGAGAUAUUUUACAGGUCUGGGGGUUAAUAAUGUUUCAAUCCAAUAAAACGUGGUUUUUCAGGUGAUCUCUAAAGAUGAUCACAACUGGUGGCAAGCUCGAUUUGUCUCCGCAUUCCCGUCUAUUGGAAACUCUUCUAAUGGUAUGUAGAACAUGCAUUUUUUGUUUAUCUUCAGCACAAAGUAUGUGUGUGUGUCUUCAGCACAACGAAGUAACCAGCAACAAGUGGCCGGAUUGAUUCCAUCGCCGGAACUUCAAGAGUGGAGGACGGCAUGCCUGGCUAUGGAGAGAUCCAAGAACUCUUGUAAUAGUAGUACUGAAAUCAAUUUAGUUUGAAACUUAUUUCUAUUCUUUCAGCACAUUGCAUGUGGUUUAACAAAAAGAAAAAGUACUACACGACAAAGUACCUGCAGAAACAUUCAGCUCUUUUUGAUCAAUUGGAUUUGGUCACUUAUGAAGAGGUAAGAACGAUUAAGAUAUAAUAAAAUGAUGAAUAAACUUCAGGUGAUGAGGUUGUCGCAAUACCGUCGAAAAACUCUUGUGCUUCUCGGAGCUCAUGGAGUUGGCAGGAGGCAUAUUAAAAACACGUUGAUUCACAGGCAUCCCAACCGAUUCGCUUAUCCGAUUCCACGUAACUGAAAGUUUACAGAUUACUGAUAGCAUUUUAUUGUUUAGACACGACUCGACCGCCACGUAAGGAUGAAGUCGACGGAAAACACUACUACUUUGUGACGAAUGAGCAAAUGAUGACGGAUAUUCAGAACAAUGAGUAUUUGGAGUACGGAACGCACGAAGAAAGUGAGUUUUCGGGAGGGCUGGAAGACCGGCUCAGGCUAUUUGAAGACCUUGCCGAGGUCUGGACUUUUGACACAGUUGCAAAAAUCCGGUCGGUAUCAAAUUUUGUAAGCUUCUUCGUUUUGAGGAAGACUUUGCAUUGUAGUUCUGGAUACAAGACAAAAAAGACGAAAUUGUUUCAAAGACCCGACCUUUUCGGCCUCAAAUCUGUAUUGUAACUGUGCCGAAAGUUCAGACCUUGACAAGGCCUUUGAAAACCCCGGAGGUUUUUUCCAACUUCUGGUUUUCAAGAAGAAAAGUGCCAACAGAGAAUUCCAUACUGAGCUUAGGUAUGUAUGGAACAAAGUUGGAAACGAUUCGGAACAUCCACAAGAGCGGAAAGAUUGCGAUUCUGGAUGUGGAACCACAAGCAUUGAAAGUUCUCCGAACGGCCGAAUACUCGCCGUUUGUGGUAUUCAUUGCGGCACCGAACUUGCAAGGAAUGCAAGACGUGAGUGUCCUGCCAGUAAGCGUACAAUAUCUCUUUGCGAUUUCAGCCGGAUGGCUCCUUGGAAAAACUGCUGAACGAGUCGGAUGUACUUCGUCAGGCGUUUGGCCAUCUUUUCGAUUUCAUCAUCACCAACAGUGAUAUUGACGACACAAUUGCUCAAUUGGAACGAUUAGUCGAAAAACUUCCGGCCUACCCGCAAUGGCUGCCCGUCACAUGGGUCUACUGA